GAUAAUUAGUCAGAUGCCUAUUUAAGCAGCCGACAAGAGCAUGCAGCGGAUCUGCAUUUGACCGUUGAUUGCAGUGAUCAUGGAGAAGCUAUUGAAGCCUUUAACAGUCGUCUUUCUUGUCUUCGCCGUCCACGGAGUGAGGGCUGCUCGGCGUGUUGAUGCCAAUGUCCAUCUUCAAAACGCUCUGUACAAGCGGCAGCUUCAGAUGGCGGAUAUGACGUCAGACAUGUCCUGGCGACAACGUAGAGAAACAACUCCGAUUCCCAUAGCGGAACUUGACGAGGUGAUGGCCUUAGGUCCGAACUCAGCUCUAGAGGUCACGAGGUCAGUAACAACAGUCCAGGGCACAAGAUUGCUGCGUCUGCAAGAGACUUUUAAAGACAAGAUUGUUAACGACGCCGUCCUAACGGUGGAAACGGACAGCACAGGGCAACAUGUGUAUGACGCCAGUGGUGCUGUGUAUCAGGGUAUAGAGGACGACACAGACGGCACUGGAAACAUCGACAGUCAGACCGCAUUAGACAUCUGUGUUACCUUUAAUGAGGACGAUGCCAUUAUAGAUGACAUCAGCGAUGUUAAGACUGAACCCGAAAUAUUCUUCGACAAACAGAACCACGCCUACCCUGGGUAUUUAGUGCAGUACCUAGUACUCGGGGAGACCGAAGAGCGCCGGCCCUCGUGCAUUGUAGACGCACGUGACGGACGCGUUACUACGAGUUGGGACGCCCUCGACUCAUGCGACGAAUGUGUAGGCAAAGGCACGGGAGGGAAUCGCAAGAUCGGCAGGAUCCACUACGGGGAACUUCACAAAUGCCUGGACGUCAAACGUGUAAAUGACACGUGCUAUACAGAAAACAAAUACGUUAAAGUCAUUGAUAACAAUGGAUUGUUCAUUGAAAACGAAACGGAAUUGUACAACUUCAGUGAUGCCGCUACUUACGACUGCGAGGAAGCCACAGACCAAAUCAACGGCGCGUACUCACCCAUGCUGGAUGCUCUGUUUUACGGAACGGCUGUCGCGAGAAUGUUUGAGGACUGGUACGACACUACCCCGCUAGAUGGACAGAUAAUAUUGAGGGUACAUGUAGGUGUGAAUUUAUCUAACGCUUUCUGGAAUGGUCGAGAAACUCAAUUUGGUGACGGCGAUGAAUCGAUGCAUCCUCUGGUCAGUAUAGAUAUCGCCGGCCAUGAGAUUGGACACGGAGUUACAGAACAAUCUUCAGGGCUCUUGUAUUUUAACCAAUGGGGGGCUAUCAAUGAGGCUUUUUCAGACAUGAUGGGGGAAGCAUCUGAAGCUUAUCUGUGGAAGGCAGACUGGGUCGCCGGUUUCGACAUCAUAAAAAAAGGGCAAUCUCCACUGCGCUUUUUCGAAAACCCCACGGCUGACAACCGCUCUAUAUCCCACGUGGAUAAUUUCACCGACGAUCUCGAUGUACACCUUGGCAGCGGUGUGUACAACCGGGUUUUCUAUCUUCUUGUCCACGAAUACCAGCAGUCCAUCAAAGAAAUCUUCGGAGUCUUUCUGCACGCCAACCGAAUGUACUGGCAUCACAUGUCUGACUACCACAGCGCUGCCUGUGACGUCAUGAAGGCUGCCUACGAUCUGGGUCAAAAUGGCGCUCUCUUCCGCCGGGCUUUCAAAGAAGUAGGAAUAGAGGUCUGUGACACAGAAAGUCACAUCUUGGGUCUUCGGAUUAAUGAGCCUUACAAUAACAUCACCGUGGCAACCGAUGCAUCCCCGGUAUUUCGUUUCGUAUUUCCGGGGAACAUAGCAGAACUGACAGGCGUUGGUGUCAGCGCUAACAGCUUCGUGGGAGACGUGCACAUCGUCCUGAGCAACAAGAGUUGGGAUGCCGACGAGGAAGACCCGAAAAUAUUAGCAGAGGGCGACAACUUUGUCAAAGCUGAUAUCACAAGCAACUCAGCUGCUGUUCCUGUCUACAUCACCUUAUCGAAUGAGUCCAAAGUUCCUCUGACUGAGGUCACACUUAAAGCGUCCUUGCUACUGGCGGGAACAGAAUAAUUUCACAAGUAAUGAUUCAAUAUUCAAUAAUAGUAAUCCUAUCAACUUUCUGUUCUUAUAUGUAAAGCAUGACCUAGCAUAAAUAUUCUCCAAAUAUUUUACCGUCUACUUGAUAUUAUUGUGAGAUUUCAUUUUUCUUUCUUUCCCUCUGAGUGUGUGUGUGUGCACGCUCUACAAUCCUCAAUACGAUGUGGGAGAUGGCGGUAACUUGACUCCAACUGUGUCAAGCCUGUGACCUGGUUUUGAUUUCACUACUCAGCCCAUGGAGGUGUACAGGUGGAUUGUUGUCUGUCUGCCAAGACCAACGCUCUGCCUCUUGCGAAGUUCUCCGCUGUUAGUUUCGGCGAGCCUAAACAAAGAAUGUGACUAAACAGGAAUCUUUGCAGUAUCAUGCCUCGUUUUAGUAGUUAACUGGAAAAAAAUUCUUCCAGCAUUCCAGUAAUACAAGUUUGUGCUCAGCCUGUGACGGCGAACAAGUCAGCAACACUUGAAGAAUGCGUGAGCGAUUGGAAGUUUCUGGAAGGACAAGUGAGUAUUAUACAUUUUGUAAACGGGUGGCCAGUCGUUGACCUCCCGAUGAACCACGUUG